AUGGAAGGCUUUUUUCAAUUAUCCUCUGGUACUGUACUAAAUAUUGUAGUCGGUCAUCGAGAAGGAAACUCAGUUGAAGUGAAAGGAGGGAAAGCAACAACAGAGACUGCAGCACAGCUUGGCUUGUCUGUUGAAGAUAACGCCGGUACUGGAAGUGGAGGAGGCAGUUUCGUGUAUACCACAAGCAACUCGCUUCUCAUUGCCGCUGGUGGCGGUGGAGGAGCAUCGGGAGGUUACAACGGUGUUGACGGUCAAGCAGGAACGAGCGGUACAGCCAGUAAUGGUUCUAAUCCAUCAAAUGUUGGUACAGGAGGCAGUGGAGGUAACCCAGGAACGUGUAACUCAGCUGGUGCAAGUUUUCAUGGGGGAUGGGGUUCUGGUUGGAAUGGGCAUGGAUGUGUAAGAUUAGGCACUUCACACGGUGACCGAGGUGGAUCACGUCUUCAAGGGUGGGUCGGAGGCCUUGCUGGGAAAAUGAAUAGUGGUAAUAACGGUGGACCCGCUCCUGGUGCAGUUGGAGGAUUUGGAGGGGGAGGGGGUGGGUCAGAAGAUAACGGAGCAUCUGGAGGCGGAGGAGGGUACUCAGGGGGAGGUAGUGGCUCUCAUAAAGAACAAGCCGGAGGGGGUGGGGGAUCGUAUUGUAGUGGUACCAGCUGUAGUGGUGUAACGGGUGGGAACGAGAAAUAUGAUGGUUUCGUGGUGAUCACUAAUUGUUGA